AAGACAAAUCAAAGCCCAGAAAUUAUCAACUAUAGUACUAGAAAACACAGUUGGUGAGUACUAUUGGACUGUAGCUUUGGAAACAAAACCAGGUAUUAAAUAUUGUCAACUUCUAUGCAAGCAUAUUUAUACUGUAAUUAUAUGCUAUUUUAUUUCUUCUUCAACAAAUAUUGAAUCACCAAAUCAACGCCAACAAAAAAUACAACAAUCAAGUUAUCAACAGCCAUCUACAACUGAGAAACUUAUUGAACUGUCUCAUGCUCUUGAAGUUGUCCAUAGGCCAAAAAAGAAUUUUCAGACAGGCAACUGGGUAAAUGAAGAUCUGA